AUGUCAGGAAAGAAGGAUCUGCAGACAGAAUUAUCCCCUAAUGACUAUAAGGUCUUUCAAGGGUUACAAAAGAAAUGGAGAUGCAAACUUUGCGAACAAGAAUUUUAUGUAGAAUCACUGCCCGGAGCAAUUUCAUACAAUUCAGUUUUGAAACUUCGAUCAAGUUGGGGAAUGAAAAUUAAACCUGUUUCUCCAGCCUUACUGUAUCAGAAAGUGCAUGUUUGUGUGUUUUGUCUCCAAUUUUUUGAAUUCCAAUUAGAAAAAGAGGAAAAAGAUUUGAAAAAGGGACCAAAACCUGCUUCAUCAGCUUCUAUGAAGAAGUAG